AUGUCACAAACUACUUUGACCAAAUUUUAUAAUACUAGAAAAAGACCAGCAGCCGACGACAUAGUAAGUUCUAAAAACAAAGUACCUCACAUCGAUCGUAAAUUAGAGAUAAGCAAGACCGCUACGCGAGUAAUUCACAAGGGGAAUUGUGAAGCAAUUAAAGCAAUAGUGAAAACAGUUUCGGCCACAGACACUUCAAGCCAGCUUUCGAACUCAUCCCAAGACAAUGGUGUCGAAGCUUCUACCAAUAAGGUUGGAGAAAAAGAGGGAAAUAAUACCGUCUUUUCGAAAAAGAAUAAUUCUGCAAAUGCGGCCAGAAAUAAUGCAAGCAAAGCAGACUUAGUUACUUCAGCUCGAAAAGAGUUAAGCUUGGGUGACAUAAGAAAAAAGUUGGCAAGUAGUUCUAGGUUAGCUGAACUGAAAGCAUCAGCAGACCGAAUAACCAAGGGAAUACAAGAACUGAAAGACAAAACAGUGAAGAAGAACCUUAAAGAAUUUAGUUCAAUUGAUGUAGCUAUACCACAGAGCCCUUCCAAGAGAAAUCAAAUUCAAAAGGACUUCUUAUCCCCAAAGAAAGAUGAUGUUAAUAUUUCAACACAAAGACCCCUUAUAUCCCCUAGAAAAGUUUUUGUUAGUCCAGUUAAGAGUCCAACAAAAGUGCCUGCCUACUUAAGACAUGCAUCUUUGCUUUCCUCAUCAUCUGGGCCUUUGCCUUUGCCGCAUCACUACAGGUUUCUUGCUGAGCACUUUCGUGGUAUGGAAACUGUUGUUGCUUUACUUUACAACAGGAAUGAAACAAUAACAUUUGCUAAAUUAAAACCCUCUAUACAAGAAAUGUUGAAACGGACAUUCUCAGAAAAACACUUGGCUCAAAUUAAACAUUUAGUGCCAGAUUUCUAUAAUUUUGAAGUUCAAAAAGUAAAGAGCUUUAACUCUUCUUCUAAUAGAGAUGCUUAUGAAUUGGUUAUAUCACCCAAUUUUCCAACUGAUAUUAAAGUUAUGAAUCCUAGUGUUUUGUUAGAGAGACGGAGAUACUUCUAUGACACAUUGCUUAAAGAGGUUAAGAAGCAUCACUCUCAAUAUUUGUCCACUCUCGACCCUCCUAUUGAUAUUCCUGAUAAAAAUUUAGUCCGCUGGCAUCCAGAGUUUGAAAUUGAAAAAAUACCAGAAAUUGAGGGUGCUAAAUUGCCAGAAAUGCCAAAUGUUGAUAAGAUGUCAUCAGCACAGGAUGUGCUAGCUAAAGCAAGAGAUCUUUUCAAAUGUAACACAAAGAUGGGAAGAGCUUUGGAAAAGCUUGCACAAGCUAAAGCUAGAGGCCUUACCGAACAAGAAAAAGAAGUGACUGGCUUAAAAGACACAAAUCUUAGUAUAACACAAACCAGUCAACCAUCCACCAGCAAUGUUACCCUCAUAAAUCCAGCAUUACGUAACUUACCAGCAUCUUUGCUUGAAAAGGUAAAAGCAAAACAAGCUGCAAAAGCUCUUGAAGCAAUGACAAGGUCAUCAGAAACUGAACAGAAAUAUGUGAUCUACACUCGCUUGCCUGACCUCGCCAGGACAUUGAGGAACAUAUUUGUUACCGAGAGAAAAAAUGUUCUAGCACUGAAUAUAAUUCUUUCUAAACUUGGUAGUAGCUUUAAAUCUCAUGUAUCAUCGACAGAUCUACAGCGGGAUAUAAAAAUUUUGACAGAAACUGUACCGAAGUGGGUGCAAUUGCAUGAGAUUAGAAAUACAUCAUACUUAAAGUUGGACAAAAUAACUGACCUAAAGCUAGUUGUGGCUACGAUAGAAGCACAAGCUGCUAAAUACAAAAGAGACUAA